CAGAAGCAACAAGAAGAGCACUAUACCUCACUAGCUAUUGAUCCAGCGCACGUAAUGUCUUCCCGGGACUCUGAGCGACUCGGUGUGGCGGAGAGCGAGGCAAGCACGGCUGGACUGAUGAGAGAGAGCAGGGACAGCCGGCGGCUGAGCAGCAGUAGCAGCAGCGGGCGUCGCUGGAAGACGGUCCCCGUGACGGUGGUCCUCCCUGACUGCUCCGCCUUCUUCAUGGAGCUGAGAGAAGACUGCAAGGGAUUCGACUGCCUCGCAAAGAUGUGUGAGGUUCUAGGGAUAGUGGAAGUGGACUAUUUCGGUCUCAAGUACGCUGACCGGCUGGCGGGGUGCGAGGCGUGGGUCAACACUCGACUCAACCUCAGACGACAGCUGAAGAGGACCAACCAGCCGUACAGACUGGCCUUCCGCGUCAAGUUUUUCACUGACUCCAUCCUCUGCAGCAACCCUCCACCAAGAACGAGUAAGCAUGUGGCAGUAGACAAGUAUCUGGAGAAGGUCGGCGAUCUGGAAUGUGGGAUAAACAGUUACCGUGGCUACUACGAGGACAAACACGUCAGCAUCAACGUCGGUUCGCGACACAUUCACAUCAUUGACUCCAACAACGCCACCAUCAACAAGUGA